UAGACGUGCUUGCACACUUUUCAUUCACUCAUCUUAAUAUAUGAACGUUGUGGAUUUCAUUAUUCCAUGUUGGUACAACCAAAACAAACCAAUCCAAUUCUGAGACUGAAGAAUUUGAUUUCGAGUGAUUUGAGGAGAUAAACGCUGGAGCGCGUACUAAUAACAUCUACUUCUGCACUAAAACGUAAGGCAUCAUUCAUGAAAGUAAUUAAACUGGAAUUGCCGCAGAUCACCGGUAUCUUUAUGAGGAGAAAAUAAAUACGGUGGAGCAAGGCAUUAGGAGAAGAAAACGGGAGGACGAAAGGAAGACCGACACCAGCCAUUCAGCAUCAUGCCUAAAUAUAACUUUUUGUUGUGUUUGAUGGUCCUCAUCUCUUUGGGACUAUCCGGGAGUGACGAGCCUCACCUAUUCUUUCCACCAGCAAGCGAGAUACCCACAGAAGCCGGUUUGUCACUAAUAGAGGUAGAUGAAACGGGUGCGCAUGAGUGCUCAGCAUGCGUUUGGCGAGAACAGAGCAAGGUUCUGAGGCUGGAGACGAUCAAAUCCCAGAUUCUCAGCAAGCUGCGGCUCAAGCAGGCGCCUAACAUAAGCCGUGAGGUGGUGAACCAGCUGCUCCCUAAAGCGCCGCCGCUGCAGCAGCUCCUGGACCAUCAUGACUUCCAGGGAGACGCUUCCUCACAGGAUGAAUUCAUGGAAGAGGAUGAGUAUCACGCAACUACUGAGUCGGUUAUAACAAUGGCUUCGGAGCCGGAACCAUUGGUGCAGGUGGAUGGAAAACCAAGCUGUUGCUUCUUCAAGUUCAGCCCCAAGCUUAUGUUCACCAAGGUUCUCAAGGCUCAGUUGUGGGUGUAUCUACGACCACUUCAGCAGACCUCCACCGUCUACCUGCAGAUCCUGAGGCUGAAACCUGUUACAGAGCAAGGCAGCCGCCACAUCCGAAUCCGCUCUCUCAAGAUUGAGCUGAAUUCCCGGGUCGGCCACUGGCAGAGUAUUGACUUCAAGCACGUCCUGCAGAACUGGUUUAAGCAGCCACACACUAACUGGGGCGUCGACAUCAAUGCUUUUGACGAAAGUGGCAAUGAUCUGGCCGUCACCUCUCUGAGACCCGGUGAAGAAGGGCUGCCGUUCCUGGAGGUGAAAGUACUGGAGACAACCAAGCGAUCACGAAGGAACCUGGGUUUGGACUGUGAUGAGCACUCUACGGAGUCCCGCUGCUGUCGCUACCCAUUGACAGUAGAUUUUGAAGCCUUUGGCUGGGACUGGAUCAUUGCACCCAAAAGGUACAAAGCCAACUACUGUUCAGGUCAGUGCGAGUAUAUGUUUAUGCAGAAGUAUCCACACACCCACUUGGUGCAACACGCUAAUCCCCGUGGUUCGGCUGGCCCUUGCUGCACUCCUACAAAGAUGUCACCCAUCAACAUGCUCUACUUUAAUGACAAGCAACAGAUUAUCCAUGGCAAGAUCCCUGGAAUGGUGGUGGACCGUUGUGGUUGUUCUUAGACUCUAUCAAAUACCCUCAACCUAACAUGACUGAGCUCUCCUGAACACCAAACGUUAUUCUUGCUCCACCCCAAGCCUCCAAUGGACGCGCCCACCUCCCUGUCCCCAUGUGCCUCAGAAAGAGAUGCUAAGUACAAAUAAAGCAAAGGAAGAUUGUUUUAGAUAGUUGUUUUAGUUAAACUGGAAAAAUAAGAAGGGCAAAAUAAAAAGUAAAGGCGGGACUUGUUAGAUAAAUUUACCGAAGACUGCAAAGGGAGCGUCUUGGAGCAGCUGGAAAACAAAGCUACAUCAUCGUUUGUUUGGUGUUUGUAGAUUUCUGAGGGUUUUCAUUCAGACGAAUUAUCAGGUUCUCAAGCAUAUCUUGUGACAUCCUUGGCCCUGCCUCUGGUAAUGAGACCACAUAUAUCCCAAAAUAUUAAGUGGGUUUCAUGCAUUUUAAUCUUCAAUGCAUAUAUGUCAUGCAGAAAUAAUGUUUUUUUCUGUAGAAAGGGGCCACACAGCGUGAUUGUGUGUGAAAUCUGUGAACUAUUCAGUAUAUAUGAAGUGAGAAAAAGAUAAGGCACUCAAAUAUUUUAAGAAGUUUUCCAAAAUGUUUCAGAAUAAUUUCGUAAACCACACAAAGCUAGUCUAGACUUCUUUGAUGCUUCUUUCGACCUUUAAUUGCUUUAAAACACAUUUAAUUACUAUAUUUACAGAAACUUAAGGGUUCAAAAGAUUCAAAGACAGUUCUUCUGCUCUCCCCCCCCCCAAUGUGAUGCAGGUUACACCUCAGUGUGAAAUUCUUGGGAAUCCAAGUACCCUUUCACUGCUACUUUGAUCUCCUUUUACUUGUAAUCUUGUAAAAGACAAAAAAAGAAGAAGAAAGAAAGAAAGAAAAAUUUAUUUCACUACCUUUAAAAGUCAAUAGGAAAGGGUGGUCAGUGUGGCUUCUUUCAGUAUACAACAGUAGCUGAAGAAACCCUUUAUCAGUUUAAAUAAAUCAGCCAUAGCUGAAUUUCCCCAAAUAGAGGGGCAGUGGCACUAAUAAGUAUUGAAAAAAUAUCUAAAACUCAUUCCAAACUCAGAAUAUACCUGAAGAUGAAGUCAUGUUUACCGUAUUUUGCUAUUUGCUUAUUAUGACAGUGUUGGCUAUGGAUUUUGGGGGUAACCGGUCAUUAAUCCAUAUCAUGCUAGUCCAAACAAGCAGGCACCUACAGAAGCCAUGAUCAGCCAAGUCCUGUGCUCUACGUUCUAGUAAUGAAGCGCUUUAAUUACCAUACCAUUGCCCCAAUUGCACUCUGUUUGGACAAGGGUCCAGCUAAUGCAUUUAUAAAAUAAAUCAUGAUUUAUUGAAGGGCUUCUAAACAAAAAUGGUUAUAGGCAUACUUUCGAUCUGUUUGUUAGGCUAAAUACUAUUAAAAUAACUAGUUAAAAAUUAGGUUUAAAGAUUUUAAGGUGCUAGAUUCAAACUGCUGGGAACUGGAGGGGUGUUCACAUAGAAGUGUUGGAAUGUAGCGUGUGGAUGAGUAACAUAAGAGGCAAUCUGAGCACAUAAAACGUAGUGGUGGAGUUUCCUCCAAAGUUUCAGAGAAUAUACAAAAUACUUUUAUAUAUUUUAAUUGUUCAGGAUAUAUAUGGGCAUGCAAAUAGUACUGAUUUACAUUUUUCCCUGCCCCACGUCCAGUGGAUUAGCCAGCCUCACUGUGUUAAUUGAAAUAUUGCCCCUCUGACUGCAAGACAUUUAAUGCAUGUCCAUAGUCUCUCUUCUAGCAGAACUACUGUCCCAAAACAAUAACAGAAACCUUUUAAAAUAAUGUCAUACUACGUUUCAAGAGUAAAAAACUGGCAGUGGUGCAGGGAAUCUUAUAUAUCAAUAAUAUUUGGCAGAAAAACAUGAUUGCUAUACUCAUAAGUAAAGGGAGAGAGUUAUUUAAUUUUGGAUUAAAUUGGAAAUACUGUCAAUAAUGUUGAUAUGAAUAUAAUUUCACAGUGAUUUUUAUUGAGAAAAAAAUAUAUUGAAAAACAUUUUAAAGUCCUGGCCCAUAAGGUAUGGUGAAUAUUGGAAUUGCUUGAAAAACUUAAGAUUAAAAAGCAGAAGUCUGUCUCCCGGAUGUCUGAACGGAGACAUCCCUUGUUGGAAACGAAAGCACUAUGCUGUUGGAUAAAGGAAGAGCCUUUAGACAUAUAUAUAUAUUAAAAAAAUCUCUUGGGGAAUAAAGUCCUCUCUAGGCACUCUACCUUUCCAACAAUAAAUUUUGCACUAUGGGAAGUUAAAGAUAUGAGGAGUUGUGUUGUUUUGUGUUUGACCUGAUUGAGUUACAAGAUCUUUACUAUGGAUUUUAAGUGAAGAAAAAGAAACUGUCAAAGCUUCUGACAACACACAGUGUGGAAAAUCUAGUGAGUACAUUUCCUCUUUUGUUACUGUCAUACCUUUCUCCCAUUCAUCUGAAGCGGAAACCUGAUAUUUCCCCAUAAUUUUAAUUGCAAAACAUACCAACUGCAACACCUGAAGAUGCAAAUGCUUGGAUGAACAGGUCCGUUAGAUGGAUUCUUGUUGUGGACUUACACUUAUGCUCAAGUCACAUAUCUGAACUGAGGAAUACAGAAUAAUAGAAAAAUGCCUACUUGAUUUUUUUUCACAUGAGUGUGAGUUGCAGCGAUGAAGGGAAGGAACACGUCUUGAUCAUCACAUACACAUCACAUACACAUCACAUACACAUCACAUACAACACAGGUGUUGUCAGCCAAAGUGGGGGUAUGAUGUGUGAUGUAACUCAAGGAAAAAGUGUCAAAUGCUGAUUGCUGACCCACUACACGGAAAAAGGGCUGUAGACAUUUAUCUGAAACAAAUUAUGGGCUAAACAUUGUUUGACAAAAAUAUAAUAAAAAUACAUUUUAUUAAUAUCUACCUCACAAAAUAAUUCUCAAUCCUUGCCCCAAUAAAUUUGAGUAAAGUUUCAAUUGUGUGUGAAUGUGUUCUGCUGUGGCCAUUCACAAGUGGUUUUAUUCAAAAUUUCAGUCAAAUAAAUGGGUCAUUUUGCUCUCAGGUUCAUAAAGGAAAAGGACAAUACAAUGAAAGAUUAUUCUGAAAGGACUACUGAACUUAAUACCUUAAAAUAUUACUAAAUGCAACAACAUGUUGUACCCAGGAUCAUUUAUAAACACUGGUAAUGUCAUUCAUAAAACUGCAUAUUUUGACACUUGUUUAAAUGUAUAAUUGUAUGUAUGAGAGUGUUUUCAUAUAUAUGAGAUAAGUAACAUCUGUGUAAAUAGAACCCACAAUAUUCAAAGCUCAGACAGGUUUUCCGCUUCUGUUUCUUCCCCUUUAUUCCUUUGAUUCCUUCCAUGUUGUGCAGAUAAAAUUCAUUCCAUGUGUUAGUAUGAUGGUUGUGUACCUGUAUUUUUUCUAUUUUGUUGCUUGUUCAGCCUUUUCCUUUUGUACAAUAAAUCAUUUAUUUAGCCUAAAAAAAGUAUGGUGCUGUUUUCUUUUUCACAGUUAUUUUUUUGUCUCCCAGAAGGCAAAAACUGGUAUCUCCCAACACUCUUUUUGAGUGAAGUUAGCCAAUCACAGCCAGUGGGUAGUGGCAUCCAGAGGUUUGGAGUAGGGGACAGGAAACAGAUUUAUUCCGGAGGCUAAUUGGUGGAAGAGAGUUUCAGGCCUGAGCUGAAAGGUUUCGUGCUAAGCACCCAUUGUUUGUAUCACGUAUGGGAUGUAGCAUGACCCAAUUAAUGUGCCACCUGAUAGGAGGGCCUCUCAUCAACCUAAUUUAGCGAAUCAAUGGAAGACAAAUGAGUCUGGAGACA